CGCCGCCGCCAGAGCCGGCGCAGGGGAAGCGCCCGCGGCCCCGGGCGGCAGCAGCGGCCGCCUCCUCCCGCGCCUUCCGGGCCCCGCAGCCCGCGGUCCCGCGGCCCCGGGGCCGGCACCUCUCGGGCUCCCGCUCCCCGCACGCAAGAUGGCUGACCCGGCUGCGGGGCCGCCGCCGAACGAGGGCGAGGAGAGCACSGUGCGCUUCGCCCGCAAAGGCGCCCUCCGGCAAAAGAACGUGCACGAGGUGAAGAACCACAAAUUCACCGCCCGCUUCUUCAAGCAGCCCACCUUCUGCAGCCACUGCACCGACUUCAUCUGGGGCUUCGGGAAGCAGGGAUUCCAGUGUCAAGUUUGCUGCUUUGUCGUGCACAAGCGGUGUCAUGAAUUCGUCACAUUCUCCUGCCCCGGCGCGGAUAAGGGCCCAGCCUCUGAUGAUCCCCGGAGCAAGCACAAGUUUAAGAUCCACACAUACUCCAGCCCCACGUUUUGUGACCACUGUGGGUCCCUGCUGUAUGGACUCAUCCACCAGGGGAUGAAAUGUGACACCUGCAUGAUGAAUGUCCACAAGCGCUGUGUCAUGAACGUCCCCAGCCUCUGUGGCACCGACCACACGGAGCGCCGUGGCCGCAUCUACAUCCAGGCCCACAUUGACAGGGAGAUCCUCAUCGUCGUCGUAAGAGAUGCUAAAAACCUGGUACCUAUGGACCCCAACGGCUUGUCAGAUCCCUACGUGAAGCUGAAACUGAUCCCUGAUCCCAAGAGCGAGAGCAAGCAGAAGACCAAGACCAUCAAGUGCUCUCUGAACCCCGAGUGGAACGAGACCUUCAGAUUUCAGCUGAAAGAGUCCGACAAAGACAGGAGGCUCUCCGUAGAGAUCUGGGAUUGGGAUCUGACCAGCCGCAAUGACUUCAUGGGGUCCUUGUCCUUCGGGAUCUCUGAACUGCAGAAAGCUGGCGUCGACGGCUGGUUUAAGCUGCUGAGCCAGGAGGAGGGCGAGUACUUCAACGUGCCUGUGCCGCCCGAGGGCAGCGAGGGCAAUGAAGAACUGCGGCAGAAGUUUGAGAGGGCCAAGAUCGGCCAGGGGACCAAGGCCCCCGAGGAGAAGACCAGCAACACCAUCUCCAAACUGGACAACAAYGGCAACAGGGACCGCAUGAAGCUGACCGACUUCAACUUCCUGAUGGUGCUGGGGAAGGGCAGCUUUGGCAAGGUCAUGCUUUCGGAGCGGAAGGGCACAGACGAGCUGUAUGCAGUGAAGAUCCUCAAGAAGGACGUGGUGAUCCAAGACGACGACGUGGAGUGCACCAUGGUGGAGAAGCGGGUGCUGGCCCUGCCCGGGAAGCCGCCCUUCCUGACCCAGCUCCACUCCUGCUUCCAGACCAUGGACCGCCUGUAUUUUGUGAUGGAGUAUGUGAACGGGGGCGACCUCAUGUACCACAUCCAACAAGUGGGCCGGUUCAAGGAGCCUCAUGCUGUGUUUUACGCYGCAGAGAUCGCCAUCGGUCUGUUCUUCUUGCAGAGCAAGGGCAUCAUUUACCGGGACCUGAAGCUGGACAACGUGAUGCUGGAUUCCGAGGGCCACAUCAAGAUCGCCGACUUUGGCAUGUGUAAGGAGAACAUCUGGGACGGCGUGACCACCAAGACGUUCUGUGGGACUCCGGACUACAUUGCCCCCGAGAUAAUCGCUUACCAACCCUAUGGGAAGUCCGUGGAUUGGUGGGCCUUCGGAGUCCUGCUGUAUGAGAUGYUGGCCGGGCAGGCACCGUUCGAAGGGGAGGAUGAGGACGAACUUUUCCAGUCCAUCAUGGAGCACAAUGUGGCCUAUCCAAAGUCCAUGUCCAAGGAAGCYGUGGCCAUCUGCAAAGGGCUGAUGACCAAGCACCCAGGCAAACGUCUGGGUUGUGGCCCUGAAGGGGAACGUGACAUCAAAGAGCAUGCAUUUUUCCGGUAUAUUGAUUGGGAGAAACUUGAACGCAAGGAGAUUCAGCCUCCAUACAAACCCAAAGCUUGUGGGCGAAAUGCUGAGAACUUCGACCGGUUUUUCACCCGCCAUCCACCCGUCCUUACACCUCCCGACCAGGAAGUCAUCAGGAAUAUUGACCAGUCAGAAUUCGAAGGAUUUUCCUUUGUUAACUCUGAAUUUUUAAAACCUGAAGUCAAGAGCUAAGUAGAUGUGUAGACCUCCGUCCUUCAUUUCUGUCAUUCAAGCUCAACGGCUUUUAUGGUGACAUUUUUCUUUUUUUUUUUUCUUUUUUUUUCUUUCAUUGCUGAGAUACAUCCAUGUUUUGUUUUCUGAUGAGGCCAGAGUGACCAUGUUUUGGGACCCAAAUGUCCUCAGGUAGUUUGGAGCAUCUCGUGAGGACGAGAUGGGAUUAUGCAGGUGGCAGGCAGAAAUGGCCGCUGCAUAAUUGAGACAGACUCCAAGUCCUCUUCCAAGGUCUGUCCCSCAGCAUGACAGCUGUGUCCACCCAGGGGGUGAGAGGAGAUGCCUGCUUCCUCUGCCUCGUCUUUCUGCACUGCCAUUUCUCACGCCAACCAUCCGAUCUAGAKUCUUCCUACAAAAUGGGUAGGUGAGUCAGAUGCCAGCAGUAUUCUUCCAUUUCCAGGUUUGGGGCUUGGCUUGUAUCCAAAUAUAUGAUUGCUUUGCCCUAGAGGGAAUCCCUCCAUCCAUGCGGCCUGUUCUGGAAGCAGCAGAGCUUUGAAAAGAACACGCUAAAAAUAAAAUUUCAUUUAAAAAAAAAAAAAAAAAACCUCAAAGUUAAGAAGAUUAUCUGAGUCCUAAAAUUUCAAGAAUGUGCUUUUUUAGACCGUUUCAAUCUAAAAGCACUUCCAGGGGUCAAAAGGCAAACCAGCUUUGGGUUCUACCUCCACGCUGUAAUUCCUGGUACUGUGUGUCCCUGAUCACCCUUAUCCCCAAACUACUCCAAGAGGGCAUUUGGCACUGUUCCCUGAAACAACAUGGUCACUCUAGCAAACUCCUAACGGGGCCACCGUGGAUUGACAUUACAUUUCAAACUUUAUUUGCUUUUUGGGGUUUUAUUUCUGUUGUUAUUCAAAUGCAAAAAAAAAAAAA